GUGGGCACAUCCACCGGAAGUAAACACGUGCGUUUCCUGUUUUGCGACGCUUUAAUGGUUCUAUUUUGAACUUUUACCUCUUUAAUUUUAUUUUUUGCUGUAGAGAAAGCGUCGUAGCGAUGAGCGCCAUUAUUCCUCGGAUAGAGCAGCUGUCUGCUAGAGUGGUUCGGGUUCUAGGCUGCAACCCGGGCCCAAUGACACUGCAGGGAACCAACACCUACCUGGUCGGAACCGGGCAAAGACGUGUGCUUAUAGACACUGGAGAACCUGCUAUUCCUGAAUACAUCAGCAACCUGAAAAAUGCUUUGGGACAGUUCAGCACCAGCAUCCAGGAGAUCAUCGUCACUCACUGGCAUCACGACCACACCGGCGGAGUGGAAGACAUCUGCAGAGAUAUAACCGGAUCUGAUGUCAGGGUCAGCAAACUCCCACGCGCCACCCGGGUCACAGAAAUGGCUGGAAGCAAGACGUAUUCUUACCUAAAAGACGGAGAUGUUAUCCAGACUGAAGGAGCCACUCUCAAAGUGCUUUUCACCCCAGGCCACACUGACGACCACAUGGCCCUGAUGCUGGAGGAGGAGCGGGCUAUCUUCUCGGGAGACUGCAUCCUGGGUGAGGGCACGGCCGUGUUCGAGGAUCUCUAUGACUACAUGAAGUCUCUGAAGAUCCUGCUGGACACACAGGCUGACCUCAUUUACCCCGGACACGGACCUGUGGUUCAGGAUGCUGGCGCCAAGAUCAAACACUACAUCACCCACCGAGACCAAAGAGAACAACAGAUCCUGGAAGCUGUUCAGGAUGGAGCAGGAAAGCCUUUUUCUUCAAUGGAGCUUGUAAAAAUAGUCUAUAAGGACACCCCUGAAAACCUGCACCAAGCAGCUAAUGUCAACCUGGUUCAUCACCUCAAGAAACUGGAGAAGGAAGGCAAGAUCACUCUAGUGGAUCACUCUUCUACGAGCAGCAAGUGGAGAAGUAAUCUAUGAUAUCCAGCCAAACUUGGAUGAAAUAAUGUAAACAAAACGUGCAACCUGAGUGAUGAAAAUCCAUCCUGACGAUGUCUGGGAAUCCUUUUUGAAACCAAGUGAUCAUAUUAUUAUUAUAUUACAAGUGAUUGAUGUAAUCGAAAGCCUGUGAAUGGAAAGUAUGGCAUGUUUUUUUUUAAACAUGUUGCUUUACAUGUUUUAAUAGGGGUAAAUAUCUUGUAUGCUGUUGCUUGCAUCACAGAUUUAAAAUUAACCAAAAGGUCAUUUACAACCUUGACUUAGAUAUCUCCCACAGAGUGAGCUCCUGUCUGCUUGAAUUUUCCAGUCUCUUAAAAAUUAUUUUUAUCAUACAUAUUUUCUACAGACUUUUCCUGCCCAACCGAAAAUUUAUCUUACUCUUAACUGCUUAUCAGUUAUCUUUAUGCCUUCAUGCAGAUGGAUUUUUAUUUAUUUUUUCACAACUGUGGUUAUUAUCUUUUACAUUACCAAUUUCUCUCCUUAACUUGGUGAUUUUGUCCCCUUAACACUUGUUCUGGACUAUAAUGUGAUGUCUGUAUGAAAAAAGGUGAACUCGUAUCCAGGUUAUCACUAGGUGGCAGCAUUUGUUUAAUAACCUGAUCUGUCAGUUGUUUUAUAUGAAAAAUUUAAGUAAGGAUCCAGUAAUAUGAAGUAGAGUAAAAAGGUUCUAUUUUUCUUGAUGAGGUGGUAAAUAAAUAUGAUUCACAUUGA